CAUUUAUUUAUUCCGUGCAUUUGUUUUUGUUGGAACAAAGUAAAUUCAAUAUUAUAACAUACAGCAUUUCCACAAAUUGUGUUUUAUUUUCAUAAUGACUCGUCACGCAAGAAACUGUACCGCAGGAGCAGUGUACACAUACCACGAGAAAAAGCGAGAUGCAGCCGAAUCUGGAUAUGGAACGAAUCAACAGCGAAUUGGUAAAGAUUCUGUAAAAAAUUUUGAUUGUUGUUCAUUAACACUGCAACCGUGUCGAAAUCCAGUCAUCACUAAAGAUGGAUAUUUAUUUGAUAAAGAAGCCAUAUUACAGUACAUCAUAACAAAGAAAACUGUAUAUGCAAAGAAAUUGAAGGAAUUUGAACGCCAAAAGCAAAUGGAUCUGACUGAAGAAGCUGAAGCAAAUGCUUUAGAAGAGCACAAAAAACUCAUGAGGUUCAUCAACACGGAGAAAAAUAUUGUUGCAUCAAAAUCAGCCAUUGCAAGCACAAGUGCAGGACCAUCCAGCAUUUCAAAUAUGUCAAAUGGCAAAGAAAAAGAAUUACCGAGUUUUUGGUUGCCAUCACAGGCACCAUCCGCUAAAAAGACAAAAGUCGAUAAACCCGAUUCGACCAUCUUGUGUCCGGUGUCUCAGCAACCGAUAAGAGCAAAAGAUUUGAUUGAUGUUAAAUUUACUUUGGUACAAGAUCCAGAUGACAAAAAAUCAUUGAUUACUAAAGAGAAUCGUUACAUGUGUGCAGUGACACAUGAUAUUUUAAGUAAUUCCGUUCCAUGCGCUGUUUUACGACCAACAGGCGACGUUGUCACCAUGGAAUGUGUGGAAAAGCUAAUUAAAAAGGACAUGCUACAUCCGUUAACAAAUGCAAAAUUGAAGGAAAAAGAUAUAAUUCCGCUACAACGGGGCGGCACUGGCUACUCGACCACAAAUUCAGAUCUUGAAGGUAAAGAGAGACGACCGGCUCUCAUGUCGUAGACGUUUGGGUUUUUUUGAAAUUAAAGCCCUUCACCACCUGACUUGCAUAAAAUUUUAAAUCAACGUUUUAUUUUCAUCAUAUUCCGUAUUAGUUUUUUAUGCGAAUAAAAUAAAAUCAUUUAAAACAAAA